AGAAGAUGUCGCACAAUCGGGACAUCGGCAGUGUGCAGUACAUGAAAAAAAGGAUUCCUCAAAACGCCAAGUAUCAAAAUGUCAAAACAAGGCUGGACACAGGAUGCAGCCUCUCGAAGUAUAUGGAAAAACUGGAGGAGAUUAAAAAAUAUUACAGGUACAGAAAAGACGAAAUCUUCAAACGACUAAAGGUGACGACGUUUGCGCAAUUGCUCCUUCAAGUGGCCUCCGUAUCAGACCUGAAUGGAAGUGAGACUGACGGUGACUCACUUGUCCCAGAAGACGGCAUGUCAGUGAUGUCUGACGCAGACCUGGACAGUCUGUCUGAACACACCAACGGCUCCCCGCAGGCGUCAGACCAUCAGGAUGCCAAAGAGAUCUGCUACACCGCCCGGUCAACGCUGCUAAGUGUUAUCAGCGGUGUGGGGGAGCUGAACCUCGACAGGAACAGUCAGAAGUUGACAAGUAUGUCGAUGUCCAGCCCAGACCUGGCUGACAGGCCCUACCCCGACUGCCCCUACCUGCUGCUGGACGUACGGGACCGCGACGAGUUCGACCGCUGCCACAUCAUCAGCGCACACAGUUUCCCCAUCGCCUUGUUGUCUCGAACUAUGAACCCAUACACCAAGGAAGUGCUGGAAUAUAAAAAUGCAGCAGGGAAGAUCAUCAUUGUGUACGAUGAGGAUGAGAGGAUAGCCAGCCAGGCAGCCACCACCAUGUGCGAACGAGGCUUUGAAAAUCUAUUUCUGCUUUCCGGAGGUCUCAAGUUAAUUUCUCAGAGAUUUCCGGAGGCAAUGACGACAGGCUCCAUCCCGACCUCAUGCUUUUCAUCUCCUCCAACAUCGAGGGGAAAGAGGUUGUCCGUUCAGCAGCAGCAGCAGUCGACGCAGACGGCUGAGAAGAGGUGGCGGUUCACAUCAGACGAGCUGGCCAAGAUCCAGGAGCAGCUGGAUGAGAUGCUCAUCCCCAGCAACUCCAACAGCCGCAUGUCCAGCCGGAUGUCAUCCAGCAGCACCCAGUCCAAAACGUCCAGCGCCCGGAGUCGAAUGACUUCCUCCACAUCCGGGAGAGGAGAUAGCGCCAGGGUUCAGAGCAGCAGACCCUGGAAAUAACAACCUCCCCCCCCCCCCCUCCUCUCUCACCCACAUACAUUAGACACACUCAAACAAGCAUACCUCCAACACAGAGUCCAUUCACUUCAGAUUACAUUCCCUCUGCUCCAUAACUGAAACACACCUCAAAAUAGUCUUCUAUGAUACUGCUGUAGAUUCAGAGGUGGACACUUAGAGUGACUUUUAAACUUUUUUCAUUGAUUUUUUUUUUUUUUAUUCCCCAUGUGUGUUUGUGAAGUGACGCAAAAUUGAGAUUAUCAUUAUCAAAAUGACGAUCUGGUUUCUGGCGCCAUCUGUUACAUUUUGCUGUAAAAUUCCUAAAUCGUGAUCAUUUCCGUUCGCUUCUGACCAAUUGUUACGCACUUUGUUGCUGCUGUAUUGAGAGUAGAUAUCAGUUGCACUCUGACAACACUGAAACGACUAAACUCUGCUUCAUUUUGUAAAUAGAAAAUUCUGGUGGAGGACAGGGUUCCUACAGAGGUUAAGAGAAAAAACUGCUAUAUGAUUUUCAAUUUUGGGAACUAAUAAUAGCUGUGAACAUCGUAGGUUUUACUACAACAACCAAAAUAUUUAAUCUCAGAUUAAGACUAUGAGAUUUGGACAACAGUAUGAAAUUUUCAAAUGGAAAAUGUUGGACUUUUGAAAAACAGUUCAGUCAUCAGUGAGCAGUGAAACAUGACAGUCUUCAUCUUCACAAAUCACAUGUCAAACUGUAGUAUUUUCUCCUUCCUGUGUCUUUUUUUCUUAAUAUAUUUAAUAAAUGGUGUGUAUAUGUUUGCACAGUGCCUCAUCUGUGAACCUUUUGAGCUGACAAAUCCUUUUUGGACUCAAUUCAAGAUUUCACGUAACACUAUUCUCAUCAGUUUUUUUUCUUCACUUGUGUCUGAGGAUGAUCUGAUCUGUUCAAAUCAUGUUUUGAUGGUUGUUUUUUUUUCUAUUUAAAGGUUAUUAUCUCCAGAAAAGUCAGAUUUAACUUCAUUAAUAUGACAUUCAAGUAAAGGGGCCUUGCGAAAAGAUGUUUAUUUGUUGGAGACAGAGAAAAUUGAAUGUUAAUAUGUUGUGAAGGAAAUGCUCUGUAAUACAGUAGAUGUAAUAUAUGUACACAUAAUGUUACAGACUUGGAUCAAUUUUGGGAGAAGUUUUGCUGUAUUUUUGUAAAAUGCUUCAUCCUGUCUUGAUGUCUUAUUGUGAUGCUUUAACCAACAGUGCAACUUCAGCCUUUAUGUGCUAUUUUUACGUCCGGUAAACUCUCACUUGACUGUAACAAAAUGAUCAUUUUCAAAUGUGAAAAACAGUAUUGCUAAUUUGUAAUUUGUGGCCUUUUGUUGCGUGUUGUUGGUUUGUUUGCAUGGGACUUUUUGCACAUGUCCUGGACACAAUCUUAUGAAGUGCAUUUAAUGACCUAUGGAGCCCUUUUAUUUCAUGAUUCUGUGUUUUCAUCAUCAGUCUUAACUGACAUUAACUAGCUGAUCACAUGAUUUGGAUUGUAAAUGAAUGUUAA